AGCGAUAAAUUGGUGUUCUGGAGGAGUAGUUCGAGAGAAUCCAACACAAUAUAGGCUAUAAUUUCUAAUAGCAUAUCUAUUGAUUAACAGCAGCUGAGUCUAAAAAUAGAGUGAAGUAAGUAAACUGGGCGUUGAAGUUGUAGUAGAGAGAGUCCCUCCCUCCAGGCUGAACUGUGUAUACAGGCUCCGGUGGCGCGCGAGAGGGACGCGAGAUUAGGGCAGCAGCAGUUUGGGGGUCUCUGGAAUUUAUUAGCUGACGCUUGAAGCUCGUUGUUUUUUUCCUGGAUUCGUAGCAGAUCUACAGGUCCACCAGUUUUUCAGUCGGCAUUCAUUCACGCAGACUUAUAACCAUCAUAUUUGACCUCGUUUUAUCUCCGGACAGCGAAGAAGGACGCGUGUUGUUCCGGAUUUUGAGCUAAUAAUAACAGACGGAAAGAGAGAGAGCAUAGACGCAAUAUCGUUUGACCUGAAUCCUGAACUACAUCAAAGAACUCAUGGGGCUCGGGGAGGCUUCAGCGAGGGGGACGAGCAUGGAAGGAGACUGCCUCAGCUGCAUCAAGUACCUCAUGUUUGUCUUCAACUUCCUCAUCUUUCUGGGCGGCUCCUUCCUCCUUGGUGUCGGGGUGUGGGUGGUGGUGGACCCCACAGGUUUUCGGGAGAUAGUGGCAGCCAACCCCCUUCUCUUCACAGGCGUCUACAUCAUCCUGGCCAUGGGGGGCAUGCUCUUCCUGCUGGGGUUCCUGGGCUGCUGUGGAGCCAUACGAGAAAACAAGUGUCUGCUGCUUUUUUUCUUCAUGCUGAUCCUCAUUAUAUUCCUGGCAGAGCUGGCGGCAGCCAUUCUCGCCUUCGUUUUCCGGGAACACCUGACCAGAGAAUACUUCACUAAGGAACUGAAGAGGCACUACCAAGGCUACAACAACACUGAUGUCUUCACAUCAACGUGGAACGCCAUUAUGACCACAUUUGACUGCUGUGGAGUGAACAGUCCAGAAGACUUCGAGGACAGCAUCUUUAGGUUAAUAAACCCCGGUGAAGUGGUGCCCGAGGCCUGCUGCCGCAGGAAUAGUCAUCUUGGAGAAGUAGGCUUCAGUAACAGGGAGGAAUGCCUGUCAGGCAGCAUGCUGUACCGGAACAACAAGGGCUGCUAUUCAGCGGUCGUAGACUACUUUGAGAUGUACAUCUAUGUUGCUGGAGCCCUGGCUAUUGUUGUACUCACAAUUGAGCUUUUUGCCAUGGUGUUUGCCAUGUGUCUGUUCAGGGGAAUCCAAUAGAUCAAGUUCACCGAAAGACUUUUUCAAAAAGGAAAACACCUCAAAAGAAAAAUGAACCACUUUUCAAAGAAUGUUUUGCUCAAUUUUAUGUCUCUAAAAUUAAGAAGAAGAAAAAAAAAAAUGAAUCAUUGACCUGUACUUCACAGCUGGACCUUUGAGGUACAAGGUAACAAAACUAAAACCUUGACAAAAAAAAAGAACAUUCUUUGAAUACUGAGAAGAUUUUAUGGGCUUUUUGUCCGAAAGCCCAUGUGUAAUUUUGACCAGGUGUUAAAUAGACCAGAUAAAACAGAUGAAGAAGGUGCUGCACUGAUUUUGGAUGAAGAAUAUUUAUACUGAGUAAUGCUGGCUUGUUUGUAUAGGCAUUUGUGCUUUUAGUAAAAAACUAAACAAAACAAAAAACACUUUCCUCUCACCAAAACAUUACCACAGUCAUUGAAUGCAAGCUUUCACAAGCACAUUAUAUUAGUGUUGUAUAGUUAUGUGAAUUUCCAUUUUUAUCUAUUCCUGUUUGAGUGCUGGAGAUCUCGCUCUGUGUGUGUGUGUGUGUGUGUGUGUGUGUGUGUGUGCCUCUUCCCUGCUUGAAGACCAGCAUUUUUUUUCUCUGUAUUGUGAUGUUUAUUGGAAUAGUAAUUUUAUGUGAUUUUAGCUGAAAUUGAUGUGUAUGCAUUUUUAUUGAAGACUAACAUUAAAGGAAUCUCUGAUGAA